AUUGAGAGGAGUCUACAGAAGUGUGAAGACCCUUCUAGACCCACCAUGGCCUGUGGGUGUGCCUAAGUGGUGUUCUAAAUGUUGGAUGUGUCUUCCGCUAAGGGAAACUCUGCCGAAAUUUCGUGGACGCCGAUACUUGUGAAAAUAUCGAGGGAGCUGAGUGGGGACAGCAAAGGGGGGCUGAAAUUCGUCAUUUCUCAAGGAGAAGAUGAAUGAGAGAGGAGGAGAUGCUAAUGGAAGAGGAGCUUUAGCUGAGAAGGCAACCCAACACUCUCCCGAUGGUGAUCGUGCUCGAGAAGGAACUUGCUGCCAUCUCCAUGCGACCAGGGGACGAUGUGAAGCCGGUCCUUGACAAGAUCAAGGACACCUAUGCAAGGAUGGCAGCAGCGGGUAGCAGUGUAUCUCAGCUGCAGCAGUGCACCAAGAUCAUCUCGGUGUUGGACAACUCUUGGGACAACCUCAUCCCCACCCUCAACUCUCAGCAAGAUCAAUGGACACCUGAGUGGCUAAGGCAGCAGAUUCUGCAGGAGGACUUCCGCAGACGCCAUGUGGGAGGCGGUGCUGCCACUAAGACUGCUGAGGGGUAUGGAGCUGCAGGGCGCGGCAGAGGAAGAGGGGGUUGGAGAGGCCGAGGCCGUGGGAGAAGCUUUGGCAGAGGUAGAGGCCGAGGUGACUAUAAUGAGAGGCAUGGGAGCUCCAGUGGCAGGGGAGUACCAGAAUGGAGGGCACCUGCUGGUACUGCAAGAAGGUCGGGCAUCCUUGGUUCAAGUGCUUCAGCAGGCCGGAGGGAUGGGCACCUCCAGGCAUGAAGCCGCCAAGUGGUGAACGCGCACAAGGUGGCGCUGUGCAAGGCUCAGGUGCACAAGGUGAAGGUGCACAAGGUAACGCCUAUCCUGGGAUGUAUCUCAUGGUUGAGGAUGUGCAUGGGCAUGAGGGUGAUGUGGGAUCUGUGGGAAAGGUUGUGAUGCACCCUCUCACGCACUGGGUGAUUGAUUCGGGUUGCACCAGUCACAUGACUCCACGGGCAGAUUUGCUUGAUGAGGUAAAACCCCCUGGGAAGAUUAAGUAU